CCUCCAAUAUAGCAGUGUAUGGUAUUGCUACUCAGUCGAGCACUCACCAACAGGCAAACAAAGCUAUCGAUGGGAAGACUGAUGACUCCUGCUCCAUUACUAAGCAGGAAGAUGACCCCUGGUGGAGACUGGACCUCCGCCAAAAGUGCCAGAUAUGGUCCAUCAAAAUAACCAACCACAUGAAGGAGAGAGAGGCAGCGAUCGCGGGAGCAGAAAUCCGGAUUGGUGACUCGGGCCAGAAAGAUGGCAUCAAUAGCCCAAAGUGUACCACAGUGGAAUCCAUGGCUCUCGGAGCGACAGACAUCUUUAACUGUACAGGAAUGCAAGGUCGAUAUGUGAACAUUAUUCGCCCUGGAAACAAAAAGCUGACUCUGUGUGAGGUGCAGGUCUUCGGUCAACCUCUCUUCAUAAUAAAGCCCUGCCAAUGGUAACUGUCCACUCAUCAAUAGGUCCAGUAAUCUCUCUUCCAGCUUUCCCUAACCCAUGUCUUUGUCUCCUCCUGCUUCCUUCUAUAUUCAUUGAUGGGAUGUGAGCAUCGCUGAGCAGAUCAGAAUUAAUUACUCACCCCCCAAACCAUCCUUCCUUGGCCAUUCCAGAGGGAAGGACAGAGUCACCCACAUUGCUGUGGGUCUGGAGUCACAUGUAGGCCAGACCAGGGAAGGAUGGCAGAUUCCUUCCCUAAGGACAUUGGUGACCCAGAUGGGGUUUAAUGACAAUCGAUCAUUGUUUGCCAGUCACUGUUAACUCCGAGGGUUUCUACAUUCUCAACUGACCAGUUGAAUUUAAAUUUAACCCCAGUGAACUGGGAACCUGCGCCCACAGGAUAUUCACUUGAAUGCCUGGAUUGCUGGUUCCACCUCAGUGCCAACACCCCUGGAGUCAGCACAGUCAGUCUGUUCACAAUCUGUUUCGCAGCUGUCUUCAUCAACGGCUUUUCUGUCUCCGAGAUUAUCAUGUCACAGAAUGAUACACCAUGGAAAGAAGCCAUUCAGACCAUCCAACUUGAGAUGCUAGCUCAUUGAGAAAACGAUUGAAUUAGUCACAUGGCCCUGUCUGAUCGAUAGAAUAAAAUAGAUUCCCUACAGUGCGGAAACAGGCCAUCCAGCCCAACAGGUCCACACUGACCCUCCAAAGAGUA